UUUAUCCUAGCCAAUGUGCUCAGGUGAGCGAUGUGGCCCAUGGGCCUCUUGUUUAUUACUGGCCCCAGUAACUUUACAUGAAUGAAGAUGAGCUCCUCGAUGUAUUUUUUAUUAUAAGACACAACCAUACGUCGAGAUGUCGUCGCCCACACUUGAACAUCCACACAGAUACCAUGCCUUCAUCUCCUACUGUCCCGACACAGAUACAAACAACGCAAAGAAAAUACUAGAAGUUAUAGAAAACGAGGGCUUUCAGUGCUGCUUCCCUGAGAGAGAUUUCUUACCAGGAGGAGCUCAAAUCGAUCUGGUCGUUGACGCCAUACAUAGUUCCCGCCAUGUGAUUCUGGUGAUUUCCCCGUCGUCAUUACAAAGCGAGUGGAGCAACUUUGAGAUGCUGAUUGCUGUGGACGAUUCCCAUAUCCGGAACAGCGUUUGUCUGGUUCCGGUACUGCUAGGCGGGGUCAAGCUAGGAUGUCUCCCACCUACACUCCGACUUCUUACUUGUGUAGAACUCCGAGAAAAUUUCGAGAAUGUUCAUGAUAUCAUCCAGGCCAUUAAAAAUAACCGCAACAGCUCUGAGAAGAUACCACGGUUAAUAUGUAGGGAAAUAAAGAAACAGAUACAAGCGGAAUCACCGGAUGACCAACCUACAGAGACCUCUUUCAGCAGCCUCGAGCAGUUUUCCUCCAUAUGUGGACCCGAUUUCAAUCUUUAUUCCAUAGGAAACUCUGUCAAUUCACAUAUGUCUAAAAGUGAACCUUACAUUCACCGAGAUGAGAAAGGUAAAAUUGAAGACAGUAGAACGAGGAGACCAACUAACCAAUGUGUUCAAUGA